AUGAAUAAACAAAUUAAUAACUUUUUAAUAGAAGGAAAUAUAGGAGCUGGAAAAUCAACUCUACUUGAAAAACUAAAAGAAAAUCAAAAUGCUUAAAUAAACGUAGUACCUGAGCCUGUACAUAUAUACACUAAUUACAAUGGACACAAUUACUUAUAAUAUUUUUAUGACAAUCCAAGAAAGUGGACUUUUGCUUUUUAAUAAAUAGUACUGAAUGUUACAGCGAAUUAAUACAGAAAGAACUAAAACUAAGGAUAAAUAAAUUUAUUUGAAAGAUCUAUGUAUUCUCCUUUACAAAUAUUUGCUUAAGAGUAAUUCGAGAAAGGAGUUUUAUGCGAAGCUGAAAUGGAACUUUUAAAAAAAAUUACUAAUGAUAUUUGUGAAUGGAUUAAUUAUGAUAUUAAAGGCAUUAUCUAUGUAAGAACUUCGCCUGAAAUUUCUAUGGAAAGAAUGAAAGCUAGGUCAAGAGUUGAAGAAUGUACUAUUCCUAUUGAAUAUUUAUAAGAUCUACAUAAAUUACAUGAAUAAUGGCUUUUUUAUAAAAAAGAUUUAUCUUUGCCAGUUUUAAUUUAUGAAAAUAAUAAAAAUGCCGCAGGAUAAAAUACUGAAGCAAUUCAAGAGUUUGUUUACUAAUGGAUGUAAAAUCCUACUAAUUAGAUUUUAGACCCUUAGUUUCUUUGA